CUGAAAACGGAGACAUGUGCUCGAUUAGUGAAGAUACCAACCAGAGCUUUUAAGUGCAGAAAGUUGUCGCCUUUUGGGGUUCACAAAAAGGGAUCAUCGAAUUACCAUCAUGAGUGAGGGACCUUCGGCUGCACAAGACAGCGCAGUGGGGCAAAAAGAAAAUGUGCAUCGUCAUUCUGAGGCACAUCAAGGCGACAGCCGGGCACAUGCAUGCAUGCCAGGACAAAGGAGAGGUAGUGCGGACCUAGAAUUUCAUUCUCCAGCCGAUAGUGAAGACGAUACUGACAGCAGCAACAACGACAACGAAAGCGUGGCGGUGGGAAUAGCGCCCCCUCUCGGCCAACACGAGAAGUACCACGUUUUCUUCUGCUACAGCAGCGCUGAUGCACCAUGGGUGAAAAAUAUGAUCCAGAAACUCGAAUCAGAUGAACUCGGGUUCAAGUGCUGUUUUCACGAGCGCGAUUUUCUUCCCGGCAUGGCCAUCAUUGACAACAUCAUACGUUCCAUCCAAAAGAGCCAAAAGACCGUCUUCGUACUCUCGCGAGACUUCGUGGACAGCAGGUGGUGCAAUUUCGAACGGCAGAUGGUCAUGGGCGCUAACCUCAGGGAAGAAAACAAAAAGGUCAUUCCCGUCAUGCUCCGCGAAUGUGUCCUACCCGACUUCCUCCAACACAUGACGUACCUGGAAGAGUGGACUCCGUACUUUUUCGACAGGUUCAUCGGUGCAUUGAAAGAAUGCACUUCAGACGAUCCAAGCAGCCAAUCGGAUUCCUUUUCACCAUUCACCUACAACCCCAACUUCAACAAUGGACAACAGCUGUUGAAGAUUGAAGCGGCGGCUGCAUGCUGUCCACCCUGUGCCCAGUUUGACGAUCAGAUUGUUCCUACUGAGCUGACGUCCAAAGGCAUUCGGAUACCGAGAAAAGACUACUACGAGGCCAUCAGCAAACUCACGGAGACUGGCAAGAUGCAGGGGUUCAACUGCUGCUCUAGCGAGGCCUGCUUCUGGAUACCGACUUGCCUAGUCAUAUUUCCUGUGUUAGCUGUAUUUUACGCAUUUUUUAUAUUGUUCUACAUGAGUACACCCGACGAUUACAUCGACGCUAGUACCGAUGCCGCUCUUUAUAACGAAUAUGUCGCCUUGGCUGUGUUGCUAGCAGCCCUACACGUGGUUCUGGUGUUUCGCUGUAUCUCACGCAUCAAGACGGAUAGGACUUUGAAAAGGACUCUGCUGGAGGUGAACACCAUCCUGGCCAGGUCCCACAUCCUUGCGAGCGUGACAGAACGAUGCAUAUGCCAUCCAGUGGCUGUUCUCCAUUUUGUGUACUACGAGAGAGGAUCUUGUCUGAUGAAGAUACUAGAGGACCUGAUGGCGAGGAGCUCAUCGGAUUCCCCGACAUCAUCAAACAUGCAUGAUCCACCGGUAACGUUACAGCCAACCAUAGUCUAAACUUCUAGUCAUAAGAAGUACAUACGUUUGAUGUCUUCUAGUAUCUAAAACGCCGAGCUUUUUCUUUCAACAAGUGGCUAUACAUUCAUUCAUUCAGUCAGUCAUUCAGUCAUUCGGUCAUUCAGUCAUUCAGUCAUUCACCCAUUUGUAUUCAGAGGAAAAUUCAAUUGUAAUUUUAUUU